AUGGGACUAAGUCAAGAUGAGACCGAACCGUUAUUUCACUACAUAAGCCACGAAAUCCUAGUAAAUACGCCUGAGAAGUUUAGAAAGGAAGUUGUAGGAGAGUUAAUCCAACUAGCUCUCCUAAAGAAUGAAGAAAUUCCCCCAGAGCAUGCCAAUAUGAUUAUAGAGGAAGUCAUUAAAAGAAAAAAUGAUGAAAUGAAGGAAGAAGCAAGGAAGAUAAAAAAACAGGAGGAAGAAAGACACCGAUAUGAAGAGGAGCUGAUAAGAGAGGAAGAGAAAGAAAAAAGAGAAUAUCUAAGGUCUAAAAAAGAAGUAAAAAAGGUAAAAAAAAAUAAUAAGACGAAGAAAGAAGUAAAGAAAGAACAAGCUGAAGAAGAGGUUCUCGAAGGGGCUUCUAACUAUGCGAAGAAUAAAGAUAGGAGUGUCGUACAUUUCUACAAAAUUCACAAGAGGGUCUUUCGAUGGAUGAUGGACACUCAGAAUAUCAAAAGAGAAUUAGAUGCCGGGAGCGAAGAAAAAUGGAAAAAAAGAAGCAUUAAAGAUAUAAAGAAACAAAAAGUGGUACACGACAUAAUAGAAGUUACGAAGAUACUCAAGAAGGAUUACUCCGACAAGUUUUUCAUAGAUACUGAAAGUUAUCUCAAAAAUGGUAGUAAAAGACGGGGGAAAAUAGCAGUUGGAAUGCUUGAAAACGAAGGAAGUAAAAAACUGGGAAUAGUAGAGGUUGGGAUUUUUGAAGACAGAAAUGGAAGAGAUGUUAUUUAUCAUUUAAUGUUCAAAUCCAUAAACUCAGAAAAUAUAGAAAAAGUCGUAAAUUCCGCAUUGGAGAAGAUGGAUAGCAUAGACGAAAUAAAUAUCUUGGAUGAUCCUUCAAACCUAAAAGGAUUCAAUUAUUCAAAGAAUAUACGCUCAGAGACUAUAGAAAAGGAAAAGCAUAUUAAAAUAGUAUGGAGGGAUCCCAAGGAGAUUUCUAUAAUAAUAAAGAGUCUCACAAUAUUUCACAAGCCAUUCGGAAUACAAUAG